ACUGAUCGUCCUUUGGAACUCGAAGGUUAACUUCAAGAAUGCGAAGUGUACUGGUAUCGUUCAUCGGGAAUGGAACUUGAUACAUAAAACACCAAGAUUUUGUGAAGGACCUCUGAUACUUAGCCAAAGUGCCCACGUCGAAUCCACCCUGACGUUUCUCAGUUCAUUAUAUCCAAUCGCAACCACCUAGGCAUUGAAAACUGACUUUCCUUCGCAUACACUAUUCUAGACCCUCUCGCUGAUCUUCUAAAUGCCCGAUACAGACGUCCUUGUUUCCUGGAGAAAACACCUUUCAGUAAGGUGAUUCGGUUAUUGUUCGGGUUCAAUCUGCAACUUUUUCUCCGUCCCAUUGAAUGUCUUUGCAUUCGGAUCCCCUUCCCUUGAGCAGGUGGCUCCUUACCGGUUGUAGUUCGGUCUCUUCGAGCUUUUACCAACUCCGAUCAAGUUGCUUCUUGAAUGGCUUGGCUGACGAACACGAUUGUCAAGCUAGACCACAAGACUCUAUCUCAGUCCUAUCCCGUUCCGACCUGUAUCACUCCGGUCUGUUUACAUUCUUCUUAUAAUGCAUAAUUGUCUCAGGUGGAGGUGUUGCGUCGAGCUCCACUGAUGUUCCUCGGGACCCAUCAAUCAGCAAGAGAGUUCUGGCAUGAACUUCGGUUGUUCCAUCGCCUAUUUCCCCAUGUUCCCCGGAUUCUGAACUCUCCAUAUUAUUAUUAAUGCAAUACGCCGCACUCAACAUGAAGGCUUUCGCUGUUUUACUCGCGGUGGUCUCACUCGUUUCGGGACACUACACCUUCCCAGGCUUCGUUCACAAUGGAGCCGUCAGCGCAGACUGGCAAUACAACCGUAUGACCGAGAAUCAUUAUUCCAAUGGCCCAGUCACCAACGUGAACGAUCCGGAGUUCCGCUGCUACGAGCUCGACAUGCAAAACACCGCUGCGAGCACCAGCACUGCGACCGUCUCUGCAGGAGACACUGUUGGUUUCCAAGGUAGGUCUUCGAUCUACCAUCCAGGCUACUAUUCCGUCUACAUGUCGAGGGCUGACCCAGCGGCCAACUCUGCACAGGCGGCAACGGGUAAGACCUGGUUCAAGGUCUGGGAGUUGGGUCCUACCUAUGCGAACAGACAGUUGACCUUCCCGUCUGCGAGUAUGCAACAAUUCACAUUCACCAUCCCGAAGAGUCUUCCCAGUGGACAGUACCUCAUUCGAGGAGAGCACAUUGCCCUUCACUCUGCUACCAACUACGGCGGAGCUCAAUUCUACAUUGCCUGUGCCCAGGUCAACGUCGCCAAUGGCGGCAGCGGUUCUCCCGCACCUCUCGUCUCCAUUCCGGGUGUCUACACUGGUUACGAGCCCGGUAUCAUGAUCAACAUCUAUAGCUUGCCGGCCAACUUCACUGGAUACCAAGCUCCUGGUCCCGCUGCCUGGCGUGGAUGAGAUGAAAGAGUGUUUAUCGCGUUUUCUAGCAUUGGGGUCUUCGCUGGCUGCAGUUCUGGACCAAUGUUACGUAUAUCCAUUGCACGAGGAAUUAAGCUUGUUCUCUGAGCUGUUUACGAUCGUCAAGUACAAAUUUUACAACACAAUUUCAUA